GCUAGUUCCUGUUUGCCGUUGCCUGGUUGUGAAAGUAGAAGGCACAAUGUUGGCUGCGGAUGUGGAACACUCUUGCAAUGCGAGAGGAGCACGCCUUACCUCCUCCUCCUCCUCCUCUCUCUGACGGAAGCGCCGACACUGGUUCUUUGUGGCAUGGCAUCAGAGAGCAGUGUGAGCGCUUGGAGCUGCAAACAGGUGGCCCAGUGGCUGCAGCGCCAAGGAUUCGAUGACUACGUGGAUCUGCUGUGUGCUGACCACCGCCUAGAUGGACCCAGUCUUCUGGCUCUGACUGAGGCUGACCUGCACGGGCCACCUCUGAGCCUCAAGGUGCUGGGAGACAUCAAGAGGCUGGCAAUAGCCCUCCGCCAGCUUCAGAGACAGAACCAAGCCCAGCUGGAGGAGCUGGGUCUCCAGCCUAGGGAGAGCCUACCGCAGAGGCCCUGCGUGGCGACUGGAUGGAGCUGCGACGGAGGCGACAGGCGCUGCAAUAGAGGGGAAUGUUCCGGGGAUGGCACUGAGCUACGAUUGAGGAAUGGCACUCGAUCUGAAUACAGAUAUGGAGGAACUCAGUGUCACACACACUCCAACGGGACCUGUCGGGGGGACCUGGCCGGAAGACUGGACCCGGAGGUGUGGAAGACCAUCAUUAGUGUCAUUUAUGUGUUUUUAGUGUUUGGCUUUACUUCCUUUGUUAUGGUCAUUGUACACGAGCGAGUACCAGACAUGGGGACCUAUCCACCGCUUCCCGACAUCUUCUUGGACAGUUUUCCCAGAAUCCCUUGGGCUUUUGCAAUGGCUGAAGCCUGUGGCCUCAUCCUUUGCUACAUGCUCAUAGUGAUCCUGCUGCUUCAUAAACACAGAUCCAUUCUCAUUAGACGGUUGUGUUCUCUGAUGGGAACUGUGUUUUUGCUCCGCUGCUGCACCAUGUUCGUCACCUCGCUCUCCGUGCCUGACCAGCAUCUCAAGUGUGCCAGUAAGACAUACAGCAAUACGAUAGAAAAGAUACAGAGGGCACUGACAAUCUGGGUCGGAUUUGGGAUGACUCUUACCGGUGUCCAAACAUGCGGCGACUACAUGUUCAGCGGUCACACUGUUGUCAUCACCUUGCUCAACUUUUUUGUGACAGAAUACACUCCAAGAACGUGGAAUUUGAUUCACACCAUCUCGUGGGUGCUGAACCUCUUCGGGAUCUUCUUCAUCCUGGCUGCGCAUGAGCACUACUCCAUUGAUGUCUUCAUCGCCUUCUACAUCACCACGCGCCUCUUCCUCUAUUACCACACCUUGGCCAACACCCGUGCCUACCAGCAGAGCCGCAGAGCGCGCAUCUGGUUCCCCAUGUUCUCCUUCUUCGAGUGCAAUGUGAACGGACCUGUCCCCAAUCAGUACCACUGGCCUUUCAAUAAACCUGCCUUCAUGAAGACGCUCGUCGGGUAGACUGUAAUGCUUUCCCUUUAAACCCCCCACCACCACCACCACCCAGUUUAUAAUUUUUGUGUAUGUUCUAGCGCUCGUUUAAGAUGAAGACGCGAGUAUGGUUGCUUGCAUACGAACUGCAAAGCGGAUGAAACAUUAUCAUCCAAGGAAGCCCAAAGAUAUUUGUCUGUUUAAAAUUCCUCUCCAACCAAAUGAGUUUUGUUUUGUUGUUUGUUUUUUUUUGCACACGGUUUUGUAACCAAUUGUGGGUUGUUGUUUGUUUUGUUUGUUGGUGGGGGUUGGGUGGGGGGGUAAUAAGUGGAUGCACUGAACCCAUCCUGGAUGGAGUGCACAAGUUUGCCUUAUAUAUUAUAACCACUGCGGUACAUAUUCCACUCUAUCCCACUCCCCUUUCCUGUGAAUGAGCCACCUGGGUUUAUUUUUUAGUAAAGCCAUUUUUUCGUAACUUUUGAAAUGCAGUUUCUGCUACUACCAAAGAAGCUUCUUCUGGACAUUUCCUGUUCAGCGGGUGCUCUGAUUUCAUUUAUGUACUAAUUUAUUUGUGUAUUGUAAUGAUAUAUUUGUGACUGUUUAGUCACAGCUGCAGAGCAGAAGCUUCAAUGCCCAUGCAUGAGACAUCACUGCACCGACUGAUGUCAGCAAGUAAAUGUUCACUUUGUCAGGGUUUACAAAAACAACUAUGCAAUAGUCUGUAGGCAUUUAAGCUUUUUUUUUUUUUUUUUUGCAAUACAAGUGUUAAUCUAAGUGUCUUUUGACUGAACUACCCAAUGUUUACAACAUCAGGAAGUUUUUAUAUUUUAUACUGUCUGUGUUUUCAUUAACAUCAGUUUUCAUGUUUGUUAUAUAAAGGUGAUGUUAAGUGAUUGUGCUUUAUUUUUAAUUAAAUGAAUAUACAACUAG